CACUCUUAAGAUUCAUCUAUCUACUAUAAAAGGCAAUGUUUACUUCCAGUAGCUGAGACACUACAGGAAGAAAAAAAAAGAAAGAGAAGAGACAUUACAGUUUUUUCUCUAGAGAUGGAACCUAAGAAUGUUACAUGUUUGAUUAUUUCUUUAGUUUUGCUUCAUUUGAGUAUGGAAUGUGUUCUUGGGGAUGCUGUGGUGGAUCCUGCGAGGUAUAGGGACGAUGAUUGUAGGUGGGGCAGGAGGUGUGGUGGACGUGGCCGGUUUGGACGCGGUGGCGGUGGAGGUUUCGGAGGAGGUGGAGGUAGAGGUGGUGGUGGCGGUAUCGGGGGUGGUGCAGGACACGGUGGAGGUUUUGGAGCUGGAGGUGGAGUCGGCGGCGGAGCAGGAGGAGGAAUUGGUGGUGGAGGUGGAGCUGGUGGCGGUGGAGGAGGAGGUAUUGGUGGUGGCUCAGGUCAUGGUGGAGGAUUUGGAGCGGGAGGAGGAGUUGGUGGAGGAGCUGGUGGGGGGAUUGGUGGUGGAGGUGGAGCUGGUGGCGGUGGAUGUGGGGGUAUUGGAGGUGGUUCCGGCCAUGGUGGUGGAUUUGGAGCUGGAGGAGGAGUUGGUGGUGGAGCCGGUGGAGGAUUAGGUGGUGGAGGUGGAGCUGGUGGCGGUGGAGGAGGCGGUGUUGGAGGUGGUUCCGGACAUGGUGGCGGAUUUGGAGCAGGAGGAGGAGUUGGUGGUGGAGCUGGAGGAGGAAUCGGGGGUGGAGGUGGAGCUGGUGGAGGUGGUUCCGGUAGUGGAUUUGGAGCAGGUGGAGGUGUAGGUGGUGGGGUUGGUGCAGGUGGAGGAGUUGGUGGUGGUGGAGGAGCUGGCGGGGGUGGAGGCGGUGGUGUUGGGGGAGGAUCCGGCCAUGGUGGUGGAUUUGGAGCGGGAGGAGGAGUCGGUGGUGGUGGAGGAUUUGGUGGUGGAGGUGGUGGCGGCGGAGGAGGUGGAGGAGGUGGAGGCGGUGGUGCUGGUGGUGGAUCUGGUCAUGGUGGUGGUUUUGGAGCUGGAGGGGGAGUUGGUGGUGGAGCGGGAGUGGGUGUUGGGGGAGGCGGUGGACUAGGUGGUGGUGGAGGAGGUGGAGGUGGUGUGGGCGGUGGAUCUGGACAUGGUGGUGGAUUUGGUGCUGGAGGAGGCAUUGGUGGCGGUGCUGGUGGAGGUCAUGGGAUAGGACAUGGUGGAGGAGGAGGCUUCGGGAUUGGAAUAGGAAUUGGUGUUGGGGUUGGUGGAGGCUCCGGUCAAGGUUCUGGCAGCGGAAGCGGUAGUGGCGGUGGCAGGCACCGUUAAUCCGAGCUCUUAUUAACACACUGGCGUUUUAGUGUACUCGACAGUACAACUACCACGCACUUGUGUUCUACAUUUGUCAUGCAUAAAAACAAAACAAAUGUAUGCUACGUCAUUUUUCAUUUCAAGAUGUGUUUUCUUCUAUUUUUGUGUAAGAAUGUUUUGGGGGAAUGAUAUUGUAUUGAAUAUGGAUAUAUCCUUUUCGUUUUA